AUGCCAGCCCUCCCCGCCCUCGCGUUGUUCUCCGUGGCCACUCCCGUCAUGCGGCCGACGCCUCCGCUGCGUCCGUGCACCGUCGUCGUCGCGGGCGCCAACGGCCGGGUCGGUUCGAUGGUGUGCCGCCAGCUCCUCCGCACGCAAGAAAAGGUGACAGUCCGCGCCCUGGUCCGCUCGGCCGACCGCGUGGAGGAUUACGCGCGGCUGUCGUACGAGGUCGGCGCGGAGGACGCCCGCUACGCACUCCGGCCGGCGUGGGCCCUUGCGCCCGAGGAGGACGGCGGCGGCUUCUCGUUCGAGACGCAGUCGCAGUUUGACGAGACGGUGCAGAGUGGGUACGGGCUGGACCGGCUGGAGCUGGUGCCGUGCGAGCUGCGCCACGAGCCCGACUUGCGCGCGGCGCUGCGAGGAGCGGUCGCUCUCGUCUGGUGCGCGUGCCUGAGAGGCUAA